AUGGAAGAACCUAAUGAUAAGUUAAGUCGAAAAAAGAAGGCCUCCUUCCCGGAGAGUAACUCCCCUUCAAGCGGAAACCAAAAGAGUAAAAAAAAAAAAAUAAAAGUUGGAAGCGAUAUAGGGAGCAAUGGAGGUGAAGUGGCCAGGGGGGAGUCUCCCCCGAGUAGCUCCUAUGAGGAACCCAUACCAUUUGACUUUUUCACGGAAGAGGACUAUAAGAAAUACAACGAAUUUGUGAGGUUCUGCGAGGAGAGCUUUGCCUACAUCGACAUGGAAGACGUGAAUAAACAAAUCUCUCUUCUCAGAUCGAGGGGUGGCCAAGCGGAGUUGUACUUGUCCAAUGUGGUUAGCAGUUCGAGUGACGAGGGAGGAGAGGAUGGCUGCGACGGGGAGAAGCAGAAGAGGCGGGCCACUACCCCCAGGAAAGAACGAAAGUACAUGAAAAAUUUAAAGCUAAUAAAUAUAAAGAAGCACAAGCGAGCCAGGAUCAAUUUAAUACUGAUUAGGAAGAAGUACACAGGGGGGAAGCAGAUGGAGGGCCACCAGGCACGCAAGAAGAACACCGUGGUCGUGUCCCCCAUUUUUAUGCCUGUCGGCACGAAGAGCUGCAUCAAGGGAUUGGUGCAGGAAGAAGUGCAACUCCUCUGCAACGACAUAAUCCUGAGCAACACGUACCACUUAGCCAACAUAUUUGACGUAUCAACUUUUGUGGAUAACAAGGGCAUUAACAACUUUAUCCGUUUUCCCAAUGCGAUGCUAACCGACUCUGGGGGGUUCCAGAUGGUGUCCCUGAGCAAGCGAAUAAAGAUACUGGAGGAGGGCAUCCUCUUCGACAACAUCUAUGACGCUGAGGUUAUGCGGAAGAACGUUCGUGCGGUGGGGGGGAUCGUCGAAGUGAUGGAAGAAGUUUCCUCUAUCCAAACGGAUACCGGCAGCACUACCGGGAGGGAAAUUCUGUUGACGCCCGAAAGCUCCAUAAGACUGCAGAACCAAAUCGGGAGCGACAUCAUCAUGGCCCUGGACGACGUGCGCCCCGCAACGGAAACGGACGUGGAAAAGAUAGAGGAGGCAACUCACAGAACGAACAGGUGGCUACAGAGGUGUAUAAAAGCCCAUACCAGGGAAAGAGAACAAACGCUCUUUGGAAUAAUCCAGGGGGGUCUCCAUAUAAGACUGAGAAACGUAUCGAUGGAGUUCAUAUUGAAACAGAAACUGAAUGGCUAUGCUGUGGGGGGACUCUGCGGUGGCGAAAAAAAAAGGGACUUCUUCAACGUAGUGCACCAUUGCUCAAAUGAGAAAAAUAAAAAAUGGAAUCAUUUGCCAGAAAAUAGAUGCAGAUACAUUAUGGGCAUUGGCUACCUCGUUGAUAUUCUCUUUUGCUCUCUUCUGGGUUACGACAUGUACGACUGUGUGUAUGCAUCGAGGACGGCUAGGUUUAACACUGCCUUGAGUUAUGACGGAACGAUAAAAUUGAAGCAAGCCAAAUAUGCCUUUGAUUUCUCUCCACUUGUGAGCAAAUGCCAUUGUUAUGUGUGUUCUAAUUUUUCUAAAUCGGCUCUGCAUCUACUUAUUUCGAAGAAGAACCCAAUUGUUAAUGUCCUGCUGACCAUCCAUAACAUUUACUUUACCUUGCACUUUUGCUACCUCCUGCGAGUUGCAAUCUUUUCAGAAAAAAUCGACCUCUUCGUCACGACCUUCCUGUACAACUACUUCGUCAUCGGGUGCAAGAAUGGGAACUAUAAGAUCCCCGAUAAUGACAAGGCUGCCCCAAAUGGGGAUACAUCAAAUGGGGGACCAAUCCACCCCCAGGCGACAAACACGCAAGAUGAACCAACACAUGUAGAGAAAAACGAAUUAGUGAAAAACACACCUACUACAGGGACUACACUUACUAGUGAUGAUCCUCCCCCAAAGGAGCCAACUCAACCCAGUUUCUACCCACCCACGUACACAACCCUGACAGAAGACCAAAAAGGUGAAAUGGUAAAGGAGUUGAAGGAUAAGUUGCCAUAUUGGGCUUUACAGGCGCUGCAAUAUGCUGAAAUAGAACUCACUUUUUGA